AUGCAGCCAGCUUCACCUGCUCAGUCCUUUGCUCAACCACAACGAUUCUACACUACUACCACGGCAGCUUCGCCACGUUCCAGCUCCCGAACUACGCCCCAGCUGUCCCGCGAGGCCAGCGGUGAACUCGCGCGACCCCCAACAAUGUCGACCUUUUUGCAGGAAAAGCUUCAGAAGGAACGCAGGGCCGAAAGUGAGAAGCUUGGGUCCUCCACCUCGUCACGUCACAACCUCGAUAUGAGCGCCUCCGUCGACCUCGGCCGCGUCGCCACAGAUCGAUCUUUCAGAUCCUCCGAUCACGAGCCCCAGCGGCCCCAGUCUAGCGCCGGCAUGGAGUCGGCCAAGAAAAAGGGUCUCGGUGUAAAAGAAAUGGAACAGGUCGUCUCCUCGCUUCACAAACAAAACUUUGACCUCAAGCUCGAACUAUAUCAUCGUCGCGAAAGACAGACCAAGCUGGAAGAGCGUCUGGGUGCGCUUGAGGUCGAAAAGCAUGACGCGCAAAAGCUGAGUGACAAGUUGCAGGCCGACCUGGGAAAGCGAGACAAGGCCAUUGAGGAAGCCGUCAGCAUGAUUGUUGAGCUCGAAGCCAAGGUCGACCAGCUCCUCAACGAGCGCACCAUGGUCCAGCACGUGGAGAGCCAGGGAUUCUACGCGUCAACCGACGGAUUUGAAGACUACGACGACUCAAUAGCCAACUCGUCUACUGCGGACCUAACACAGCUCCAGGAUCGGUCCAAGACACCCACCGUGAAUCGCAUGCCCAGUUUCCUCUCUGAGCACAAUGCAACCACCGAAAACCUGAGGAACGUCUACAUUGGCAACCGUGCGAGCAUCCUGAGCCUGCGGCGCAUCUCUGGUGGUCACUCGGAGACUGAUAACGCCAUGAUGAACGGUCUGGCUAGCCCCACACUGAGCGUUCUCAGUGAGAGUUCCUUUAUGAGUGUAUAUGGCCAAAAGGGCGGCGACACAACCGUCAUCGACUUUGAUGACCCCAUCGCGCUGAGCGGCUUUGACGGAAGCUCCCCAGUCAUAGUUCAAGAGUCACCCGCGUCUGGCGCAAGAAACCAAAAACACCAGCAGUACUACGACAACGACCAUUUACUCUCUUCCAAACACCAACAAGAAUACAGACCAGCUACAGUACGGCCCAUCAAUGACGUACUGAGCCAGGACUCACCGCUCCAACGGCUAGAGAAAGGGGAUUCUGGGCCCCGGACUGGCGGGCCAGAUGUUCCCCUUCACCAAGCUGAUCGUAGCGAGGCUUCUCAGAACCAACACCGCAACAGCGUACAUGGUUCGCCUGCCCGGCGAUCCAUCAAGGAUGAAAAGAGAGCCGCAUUGAGAAAGGUAGUGACGGACGCUGGGGGUGUUCGCCUGUAUGACCAAGCAAUGCCACCGACGCCAGAUACCAUCUCGUCGUCGACACUGCAGAGGUACAAGAACUCCAACGACAACCUCUCCGUACGCCACCAAGUCUCCGACGAGCGGCAAAGAAUCUCGUCAAACGAGACACGACAAACGCGGGAACCACACGCCACGGAACGAAGCGGUGGCGGUGUGUCUCUACUUCAAAAGGAGCCCUCGCGCAACGCACGCAGCUCGCGGCAGCCUGACGCGGGUGCAAUGCCCAGCUACGACCCUUAUGGCGCCAAGAACAUUCCCAGACCUCACUCCGCCGGGGAUACAACGGUUUCCCACAAACGGAACAACUCAUGGGACAGCGACGACGAGUCAGACACUAAGUCGCUGCAGUCCAGCCUCGACAUUUGGAUGCGGGAGAGCACCAAACUUCCCAAGACGACUGCCGGCCGCGUGUCACCAGAUCUCUUUGGCUUCCCGACUAGCAUGACCCGUGGCGGCUGGGCCGCCAGCUCCCUCUUCGAUCCCAAGCAGCGGCUCGGUUCCAUGCCUAGCACAGACUACAUGCACGACUUGCUGUCUCUGCGCGAGGCGUUGCUAUCGCCAAACCUACCUCCGCCGCCUCCGCCCGACAGACGGUCCAGCUUAUACGGAGUUGGACGAUCCAUGUCGGCCAUGCCUACGACCGAAAAGCCCCUGGCUGCCGAGGGCACCUGGCAAGCACCGCCACCAUCCUCCGGCGCUGCCAGCGCCACGGCUCGGAAUCGUCGCAAUAGUGAUGCGGCCGAUCUCCGCUCCAGCACGCGCACGCCCGUCCAAGGUGACCACAAGAGAGGCAACAGCAGCAGCACUUCGGCAAACCAUCAGCAUCCGCCCAUCUCGUGGCAGCAAGGCCCACGCACCGGCCUCAAGGGACUCUUUAGGCGCUCUCUGCCCGGCGGCGGCAUACCACCAUCAGCAACCGUAUCGUCGCCCGCCAAGUCUGACUGCAUUUCCUGUGCGCAGGAUGCGGACGCGCCGGCGUCAUCGUGGGCCUCACGUAGCAGCGCCGCCACGCACGACUGUGACCGCACCGGCGCCACGCCCCCGCCCAUUAUGCUCAACAACCCACGGCAGGCAGCCCGGCGCAGCUCCAUCGCGACUGUCUCGUACGAUGGCGCCUCCUCUUCCGCUGCUGCCCCCGCCGCGGUAGACGCGCAGUCGGUCAAGUCCCAGGCGGCCGACGCCAUGUCGCAGCAUAGCAUCCCCAACUCGCAGUCCACGACGGGAACGCGAAGGAAAUGGCUGCCGGGAUUUUCGCGCAACAAAGCGUGA